AGAAACCAAAGACAACCCACAUUCCCCAUAUUACGUACUAGGCUUGGGGAGGUGUUGUUGUAACUCGAGUGCACCAACAGAGCAGCAGCAAACAAAGGUUACACCGAGCAGCGACGAAAUGUGAAGCUGAGCACACAGUCAACCGGAGAGAAGUGAUUUUUCCAGAGCUGUUCAAUGAUUAAAAGAAAAUGGGGAAAGUACUUUUUUUCUUCCUCGUUUUUGUUCUCUGUCUGAGUGGUACUCUUCAAAAGAAAGAGAAAAGGGGAAGCAAAGUGCAGAGCAACAGCUCGGAGGUUGUGGUUGCUGUGCCCAGAACAUUGUUAGGAGAGAUAAUUAUUCAGACCAAAUCCUUUACUGUUCCAAACGGGACACAAGCUCCCAUUUCAUCCCAGUCCGAUCCAGCUCUGCAGUCUCUAAGCAACAUCACAGUCGGGUUCCUCCGUGGCGCCCUGAGCACACGGGUCAUCCCCGUUAUUUACAUGUUGAUCGUUGCUGUGGGGAUCCCGGCCAACAUCGCCAUCUUGUGUACACUGGCCUCUAAAAUCAGAAAAGUGUCCUCUGCCAUCCUCUACUGCAGCCUGGCUGUCUCCGACCUCUUCCUCCUCCUAUCCCUCUUCUUCAAGGCUCACUACCAUUUCCAUGGAAACCACUGGGUGCUCGGAGAGGCUGCCUGCCGGGUGGUCACGGCCUGUUUCUAUGGCAACCUCUACUGCUCGGCCCAGACGCUGGCCUGCAUCAGCAUCAAGCGCUACCUGGCUGUGGUGCAUCCGUUCAUGUACAAAGGUCUCCCCAAAAGGAUGUUCACCACCUGGGUCAGUGUGGUGGUAUGGGGGGUGUUUGGUGCCGCCGUCGUCCCCGAGCUCCUGGUCCAGCAGAGCUAUUGGAUCCCCGAGGUGGACCUCAUCACCUGCCACGACGUCUUGCCUCUUAAGUCCCACAUCUCCCUGUUCUACUACAACCUGUUUCUGACUGUCUUCGGCCUCCUGCUGCCGCUGGUGGUCACGGUUGUGUGCUACGCCCGAAUCGUCUACGAGCUGAAGCAAUCGCACCACGACUGGGCGAUGUACAUCAAGGCCAGCUCGCUGGUGUUUGUCAUCUUCCUGGUGUGUUUUGCCCCCGCUGGAGUCCUGCACUUCAUCCAUUAUGUGCAACUGUUUGUGGAUAGAACGGAGAGUUUGUACGUGCACUUUAAAGUGGCGGUGUGUUUGUGCUGCCUCCAUGCCUGUCUGGACCCCUUCCUGUUUCUUCUCAUGUCCAAGUCUGCAGGCUCUUCAUUUCACUUCAGGGCCUUUAAAAAGGGGAAAUCCAUGAGUUUAUCUGUCUAAGAAAAACCAACCAGAAAAAACUGCAUUUGAAUUUUAUUUGCAUAGCAGAUGAGGAGGCAGAUUUUCUCUGUGGCUGGAAUCCAAAUAGAAAGCAAAAGGAUCUUGACGGCAUUUCUGAUAAACAAGUAAAACACAGACUCCCUGUUGCACUAAAUGUCUUCUCUGCAAGUGGAGCUAGUGGAGAGAUAGUUAACAUGUUAAUGUUAAUGUUUAUGUAUGUUGCAAAGAAACUCACACACACUGUCUAACUUGCAAAAAGUUAUGAAUUUAAUAGUAGGCAAUGUUUUGGUACUAAACCAUCACGGUGCCUACUAGUGAUGUGCGAAGUAUUUUUCUGUACUGAAUGUUAAUGUAUGUAAAAAUGAAAAAGAAAGUAUGCAUUUUAUAUAUGAUACACAUGAUAGUUAAUGGUUUUAGUUUUUUUGUUUUUAAACAUCAGUUAUGUUGUGUGCUAUGUUGCUUUUCAUAUUUUCAUUCUUUAGAGUUUGGAGGAAAGUCUUCCUUAGCAUUAAUGCUUGAAAGUAAUAACAUGAAACAGACUGACGUUGGAAAAUAAUUCUUCCAGGCUUUUUUGUAUUUCUGUAUGGAGCUAUAAACCUAAACUAUGCCUUAGCUAUGUUAUGUUAAAUGAUUAUUUGGCUAUUUGGUAUUAAAUAUGGCUAAAGCCAAAAUGU